GUGAUCGCGACAAUUUGUUUGUUAUUUUAAUUCUUGCAAUUAAAUAAAAUAACCGAGUCAACACAAGUGAACAAAAGGUUUUAAUAAUUCUUGUAGUUCAAUAUUUGAUAGAGAUUUUCAGUCAAUGUUGUUUAUUAUUGUGUGUGUAGUUGCUAUACAAACUUGUGCAAUAUUUCCAAAUUAUUGUGGGUUAACUCAACGUGUUAGGUUUGGUUGAAUUGAUAUUUUAACAAGGUCUUUCCCCAUAUUUAGAUAUUGUUGGCAUAAACAUAUUCUAAGGUGUAAAAAUGAAUCAUGAGGAAUCCCUUGAUUUUGAAGAAAUAAUGAUGAAAGAAGAAUUAACAAUUAAAGAAGAAUUAACAAUUAAUGAGGAAUUUUAUUCUGAAGAAAUAACAGAGGGACAAAAUUGUGAAGGAUUGCCAUUGAAAGACACCGGUCCCAGAUGUGAAGGGAAUUUAUGUUCUGAAAACCAAGAAUAUUCUGCUGAUGUGGGAAACAUUUCAACCAAGAAUGAGGACAUGGGAUUGGAAGAAACUGCGAAGGAUGACUCUAUAUGUAUCGAACCUACUGUAAAGGAAGAAAAUGUUAUCUCUGAAAUGGAAACUGAAGAUAUCCAAUCUGGAACAGAACCUCCACAAAGCAAUUUUGAAUCGGAAAUAUUGAGAAAUAGAUUGUUAGAAAAGUCAAACAAUGAAAUAAAUAUUUCAUCUUCAAGUUCUGGUAUUACCGAAUGUAUCGAUAAUGAAGGUGAAGAAUCUCAUCUUAACAGCAGUGAAGAACAAAUGGUCUCACAUCAAAAAUUUAAAGUCAACAUGUCAACCAUUGAAUCGGUUUCAAAGGAACACCAGGCGGCCGAGCUUCACAACUUGGAGGGUUUGUCAGUUUACGACCAAGCGACCCUUGAAGCUGGAAUAUUGCAGCAAGUGGACGAAGCUUUGGAUACAGACACCCCAGGCAGACCAGUAGAUAUUGCAGAAAGAAAUGAAACGUCAGUGCUGCUUGAGCCUUCAGAUAAAGAGACGGAGAUGGAACGAAAGAUACGACUUGGUGAGAUGACACCCUUCGGAACAACCCUAGACUCAGCUUCGAGUGGAGCAAAGAUAAAACCUAUUGAUGGUCUAAGCGAGAUCGAGAAGUACUUAAAAAGACAGUUGGAACUGCAAGGUACACGAAAAGGUAAAGCGACCAAGAAGCAGCAAAUUGGCAAGAAACCUGUGAAAGCCGUAGAAAAAAAUAUAAAUCACAAACAAAAGAAUAAAGUGCAAGUUAGUAAGGGGAAAAAGAGGAAAAGGGAGCAUUUAGGUACUGAAACAGAAGAUUCGGUGCCUUGGACUGAUAAACCAGGACUUGUGGCCGGAGAGCAAUCUUACGUAAAUCCUGAUGACGCAUCUGGCAGUGAAUACGUUCCUACGGAAUCAGAAUAUGAACCUUCCUCAGGAGAUGAAACAAGAAUAAACAAAAAUGUAAAAGAGGAAAGGCCUACAAAUUUUAGAAAGAGGAAGAGAAAAGAAGUGAGACCAUACAAGCUGCCCGAGGAUUGGUGUAGUGACGACUCGGACUGGGAGUAUUCGGACGAAGAGGGAAACGUAAAAACCAACAAACGCUCUAAGAAAGAGCUGGACGAUGGAGAUGUGGAUAUGUAUAAUCGACGAAUCAGACAAUGGGAGAGGGAGAAACAGAAAAGAGGAGAUGAAGAAGAAGAAAAGUUCGAGGAGUUUGAUGGAGGAUAUAAACUGCCGUCGGAAAUCUGGGAGAAACUGUACAACUAUCAAAGAGUGGGAGUUCGCUGGUUGUGGGAGCUGGAUCGACAACGUUGUGGAGGAAUACUAGGAGACGAGAUGGGGCUCGGGAAAACUAUACAGCUGAUCGCCUUCCUUGCUGGUCUUGACGUGAGCCAGAUGAAGGACCGGGAUACAGGCUACCGAGGUCUUGGUCCGACUCUGAUUGUAUGUCCUGUCACCGUGAUGCACCAAUGGGUUAAGGAGUUUCACUCCUGGUAUCCUGCUAUAAGGGUGGCAAUCCUGCAUGAGUCAGGCACAUUCACAGGCAAGCACCAUCGUCUGAUUUCCAACAUGGCCACUGCGUCAGGAGUUCUAAUCACUUCCUACGCUGGCGCAACACAACACAAGGAUGAAAUCCUCCGGCGCAACUGGCACUAUGUGGUACUGGACGAAGGUCACAAGAUAAGGAACCCAGACGCCCAGAUUACUUUGGUCGUCAAACAGCUGAGAACGAGUCAUCGUAUUAUCCUGUCUGGAUCUCCCAUGCAAAACAACCUACGGGAACUUUGGUCCCUUUUGGACUUUGUGUUCCCAGGAAAACUGGGAACCCUUCCCGUUUUUCUGGAACAGUUUGCCAUUCCGAUCACCCAGGGUGGUUAUGCAAACGCUUCACAAGUUCAGGUGAUGACAGCAUACAAGUGUGCGUCAGUGCUGAAAGAUACGAUCGCUCCGUAUCUGUUGCGGAGGAUGAAGGCCGAUGUAAAAAGCCACGUCAAACUACCAGAGAAAAAUGAACAGGUGUUGUUCUGUCGACUCACUGACGAACAACGGCAUUACUACAAGGAUUACGUAGAAUCAGGAGAAGUGAGUAGGAUUCUGGAAGGUCGGCUGAAGAUUUUCAUGGGUCUGAUCAAUCUACGUAAGAUCUGCAACCACCCGGACCUGUACUCUGGAGGGACCAAACUGUUUGAUGACCAGAGGGAAGAGGACUUGGCAGAGGAGGAUAGGUACGGCCACUGGUCCAAGUCAGGUAAGAUGAUCGUGGUAGAGACGCUGCUGAAGAUAUGGAAGCGCCAAGGCCAUCGAGUGCUGUUGUUUACUCAAAGCCGACAAAUGUUAUCCAUCAUGGAGAGGUUUGUGAGAGAACAAGACUACAAGUACUUGAAACUGGACGGCGGAACUUCCAUAGCAGCGAGGCAGCCGUUGAUCAACAAGUUCAAUCAGGAUUCUUCAUACUUUGUGAUGAUACUGACUACCCGGGUGGGCGGGUUGGGAGUGAACCUGACGGGUGCUGACCGGGUGGUGAUAUACGACCCGGACUGGAACCCAGCGACAGACACCCAGGCGAGAGAGAGAGCCUGGAGGAUUGGUCAACAACGGAGUGUCACUGUGUAUCGGCUCAUCACCGCGGGGACGAUAGAGGAAAAGAUGUACCACAGACAAGUUUUCAAGCAGUUUUUGGUCAACAAAGUGUUGAAGGAUCCGAGGCAGAGAAGAUUCUUCAAAUCUAACGAUCUGUACGAGCUGUUCACCUUGAAGGAGACGGAUGUAGAUGGCAGCACUGAGACUGCGGCAAUAUUUGCCGGCACCGACUCAGAGGUAAAACUUGAUCCGACAAAGAAGUACAAGCAUCGUAGAGAAGAACCUAAACUGUCAGCCGAAGCUCCGGCUCUCACUUUCUCUCGGAAGAAAGCAGAAAAGAAACAGAAAAUGGAAAAAGAAAAACAAGAGAAUUCUAAAAGAAAAGAAACAGCUAAAAACAACAAUGACGUAAACUUUUCUGAUGAUAAAAUUGAUCAGAUGAAAAAACUUGCUCAAAUGUUGAGUCAAAAGAUUGUUGAAAAGACACAUGAAAAUAAACAAAGUGAACCGAACAAAAUAAAUUCUGCAUGUUGUAGUAAAACAAACACAACUGAUCAUGAAAAUAAGAAGGAUGAAACAAAAGUUGAUUUGGUGACUCCGAGUACUAGUUUUAGUAAAUCUCCUAGACACAAGAGUAAACACAAAGAAAAGAAGAAGCGAAAAGAUGCAAAGUUUGAAGGAGAAAAAGUUCCGCAUUUAGUAAAAGCUGGGACCUCUAAAGCUUCAACAUCAGAAGAAAAAGAAGACAGUAAGACCUAUGCGACUCAGGAUGAAUAUGUUCUUCAAAAGUUGUUUUCAAAAUCUGGAUUACAGACUGCUAUGAAGCAUGACACCAUAAUGGAAGGGGGUCCUGCAGAUUACGCUCUGUUGGAGGGGGAAGCCGAGAGGGUAGCCAAGCAAGCGGUAGAGAAGCUGAAGGAAUCCCAGCGAGAAUGUUGGCGAGCCUCGUCUGGGGUGCCAAGCUUCACAGGAGUCAAUGGAGCGAGAAACUUCCAGCCUAUCAAGAAACGGUUUGGAAACACGAAAACACAGCUUGGUGCUUUGAGUUCUAGUGAAAUCCUAGCACGCAUGAAGAAACUGAAUGGAUCAGUGGACGCCAGAGACAAGGACUUAGCUUUGGUUGACGACAUCAGACAGUUUGUGGCCUCCAAUGGAGGAACUGCAACCACCAACCAGAUCAUUAGUAGGUUUGAAGGUAGACUGGAAGAAGGAAGUUCCCCUCUCUUCAAAAGUCUUCUCAGCAAAAUCUGCACAUUCUAUCGGGCUCCAGACAAGUUAGGCUAUUGGACGUUGAAAGAAGAAUUCAAUUGGUAACAUGAUUUUGAGAACUUGUUCUUCAAAUUUUGAAAUAAUUUAAUAGAUUAAGAUAAUCAAAGAAAAACUCACAUGUAUAUGUAGAUUUUUUUAUCUAUAUAUUGAUCAUUAGACAUCAACCUGUUUUACCAUUAAUCUCAUCAAUAAUAUUGGUAACUGUCUAUUUUGUAUUUGAUUUUUUGGUUCAAAAUCAAAAUUAAAAAACCAACAUCAGAGCAAUGACUAAACGUAAACACAAGGAGAAUCUAAACCCUUCGUUACAUCACAUUAAGACCGUCGAAAACUAAUCUAUCAAAAUAGAUGCAUCUUAUACGAGCUGUCUGUGAUAUUUUUUAGCAACCAAAGAUACCUUUUAAAUACUAUUAUAUUAGUUAGUAUUGUAAUAAAAUCUAUCUUUGUACAGAUUUACUAAAGCAUUUCCCUGAAAAUGGAUGCAUUGAACUGCAUUUUUGCUUUGAAUUGUGUAUAGCAUUUGUUAUUAGGUUAGAUUAUAUUUAUAUUAUUUCAUAUCAAAUAAUACAACAGGUGAAUGCUGCUAUUCGUGUUGUUUUGCCAGCUAAUGGUGUAUGUUAAGGCGACAAAAAUCAAACAAAUUUGAGUUUUCACACUGUUUAAUUAUUAGUUUUCACUAACAUUGGUCAGCAAAGCUGAAGAAACAGGUGGAAUUGUCAUCUUUGAAAAAUUAGAAGUCACCACGAAUAUAAAUUUUGAUUACAGUCCAACUAAUCACACAACAGAGAAUGUACAGUAUUGUUAACAUUUUAUUUACAAUGCAAUAGAGUUAUCAGGUGAUAGCUUUUAGGUUAGGCUAUAUCUUAAAACUUUCGGUGGAUUCGGAGGAUUUUAUUGCACAUGGUUGAUCAAUGAUUAGCCUUUAUGUUUAUAUUAUUUAAAAUAUAUGUAAGAUUAACAAUAACAUUUUAGUUUUAGUGCUAUGCAGUAUUUUAAGUGAGUAAUUUUGUCAAUAUUCAUGUAAUCUAUCUUUAUUUAAAACCAAUGUUUUCAGACAUUGCACAAUUAAAGUGUUCCGCUGUUACUGGAAAACUACUAGUAGGUGAUAUCAGAAAUUAUUCUGUAAUCCAGUUACUAGGUCACGAAUUAUGGAUAUUUAUAGGCAUGCACUGUGGAUGCGAUGCUCCCUGGUGUGGAUUAACAUCUGCACUAGUAAGUACUAUGACUAUCCGCAGUACUAUCCUGAUAAUUAGACCAAUUCGUUAAUUACAAGGAAAAAUGUGGUUCGGAUUCAACUAUAAACUGAAGGUCCCUUAGUUGUCAUUGGCUGUAUGGCUAUUAAUUAACAGCUGUUUCUAAGGAACAUGUCUGCUUUAGUCACCAACAAGACUACAAGAUCGUGCCACUCAUCCUUCACUCAUUUUGGGUUAAAAUACGCACAUAGUGGCGUCCCCAUCUUAAAUAAUUGAUAUAAUUGAUUGAUUUUAUCCAAAACUAGUACAGUAGACUUCUUCUCUUUUCGACACAAUGGGACUGAACCCUGGUUUGAACAAAAAAGUCUGAACCACAAAAAACUAAAUAAAAACCCCCGCCGCAGCAAACCUGCAGACUUAGCGAAUUUCCAUCUGCCUGAUUAGAUUUAAACUAAAUUGUCUCCUUAAAAAUAUCACAUUUAUUCCCUAUUUAAACAAAAUUAGUUUAAUGAGUACUUAGGUUUGCUGCAACAGGAAGGGUAAAAAAGUUUUUUUUAAUGUAAAAUAUUAAA